AUGUCGCAGCCUGUCAAUUCAUUUGCGGCUCCCUCUGCAACCUUGGAUGUGGCUAGAGGCCUUACAAACACAGGUGCCAGUCUCUCGGCAGCGCCUUACGGCACCUCGUACCGAUCCACCACGGGGAGCUCUGUCGUCUCAAAUGGAAGUCUGCUUGAUCUCUACGCACACUCGCCUAGCUCGGUGCCAAGCUCUGUAGGCGCAGAGGGAGCUUUCGCUAACACAGCAACCGGCCCUACUUCCUCACCCAUGCAGUCUACCGCUUCGGCUUCCUCUCCCAACGGCAUAUCCAUCACACCAGCAACAUGUGGCUUCCAGACUCCAAGUCAUGCCGAAGUCUCGUCAACAGCAGGCUUCUCCAUUCCUCCCAGCGACAGUAAUGCUUCUGUCUGGACCACCGCCUCCGCCUCAUCUGCUGCCUCAACAUCCGAUUCCAUCCCGCAAAGCAAGCGCGCAUCCAUGGCUGGAUUCGACAUCGAUGCCAUGCGUAGCAUAAGACCAGCUCAUGACACCAAUAUUCCCAAACCCUCAGCCUUUGAGCUUCCUCACCCAUCACAUAUUGGAGUAGAAGCUCCUAACGACGACAGCGACGGCUCGCACUACGACGACGAAGAGAUGCCUGAAGGUCUUUCUCACGAUUCUUUCGACCGCUCAGCCGACAAGACAGUAGAGGCUGCGACACCAUGCAAUGAUGCUGCUGAGAUAGAUGAUGAGCAAGCAGAAGAGAUCUUCUCCAAUGCUCUACCCUCUCCACCUGUUCCAAGGCGCACCAGCAGUGUGAUGCAGGACAGCUUCACCAUUUCACCAAGUCCCUCGUUGACAGAGGAUCUCGUUCGAGUAGACCCAUCCCUCGCCAGGCAUGCAGCUUCUCGCUCAGUCUCUGGCCAGCUCUCAAGUGAUCUGAUCCCACAGCGACGCAGUAGCACCGACUUUCGCGACGACGUCAUGCGCAGACAAGCUUCCAAGGAGCCCUUACAGGCUACGCAGGAACCAUCUGCUGGCUCUACCCCGGUCCCUGCUGCCGAGAGUGUGCCCGGUACUGCCACGCGUGGCUACAUCAGCCCAGCGAAAGGAACCACACUCUACCCUGUUGACGAGAAUGCUCGCCUUUCCAACGAGAAAACAGGGGACGGCAGCAAGUCUUCGCACGAGCCGAGUAUUGAAGAGCAGAAGAGGCUGGAAAGAGAGCUCCUCGCAGAGGCGGACGAGUCUCGGCCCAGGACGCUGAAGGAGGCCCGUGAGCGAGCUAAGCUGCGCAAGCAGCAAGGCGACAGCGUCUCUCCGUCGGCAUCGGCAACUUCUCCGCCGGGCGCUACACAGACAAUGUCGAGUCCAAGCAAGGGUGCUUCUCUGCAUAUGCGUGAUGUCGCUUCUUCCGCUACAGCUGCAUUUGCCGACGACAAUAACUCUCGCAGCAGCAUUGAUUCGAAGGAUCGCCCCUUGCGUAACCCCAAACGCAUAUCCAAUCGAGAAGGUGCACUUACCGCAGAACGUCGCUCGAUGUCUGAGCGAUCGGCUCCUUCCGACUACUCUCAUGACUCGGGUGCCGAGGGCGCUUUCACGUACGACGAGGGCGCAGUGCAGUCCAAUCAGCAACAGUCCUCAAACAUGGAUGACCUUACAGACACUAUCGACAAUGCUAUGAACGACCUGAGCUUCGGUAGUGUCGACGAGACGCUCUCAGCCGAAGACGAGCUCACCACUCCGUUGCCACCUCAGACGCAGCCGCGCGAGGGGAGCCGGCCGCCGAUUCCAGCUUCUCUGCCUUCGGCACGCAGCCUGGCUAGCGUCACGGGCGUCCAGCAGACCAAAGCACAGGAUGCAUUCAGGUCUAGCCCCCUUGCCUCACCAGUCAGGCAAACGCCACAGACGCCAAAGGACAACUUCUUCCCGUCGUCCCUUUCCGGUCAGCGACUAGCAACCCCACCGAUCACUUCGCCCGUUCAUCAACGUGCAGGUCAGGACCCUAUCACGCCUCAGCGCUCUACCACCUUGCCUCCGCGGAUCGAGGUCUACGGCAAGACUGUGCCGCUGCCAAAAGCUUUUGCCAGCAGUAACAUCGUUGUUGACAAGAAGCGCAUGUCGUCCUGGGAGCGAGCACGUACUUACGCUCAGUACACGAACGAGCUGCUGCAUUUGGAGACAGGCUUGAACUUGUGGAUGGAGGUGGUGCAAAGACCAGCUAUGCGUCAGCAGAACAACCGUGCGGCUCCAGGCAAACAGGGCGAUGACUGGUUGACGCAGGGUACGCUGCCGAGGUCAACUCACGUUCGCAACGAGGGGUCCUACGCCGACUCGAUCCGUUCUGACAUGACCUUUCCUAUGCGCGGUGACGGUGCAAAAGCGAAGGAGAUCGUUUCGGUGAUGCCGACCAUGGUCGAAUCGCCGGUCCGCACCCCAGUCAAUCUGCCAUAUCCGGGAGUCGUCUCGCAGCAACAGCAGCAGCAACCGCAGCCUCAACCUCGGUCCAACUCUACUCAGUCUUUCUCAUCGAUCUCGGGCAGUACUCUACCAAUGUCCACAUCUGCUACUGACUCUCUGUCAGGUACCGGUAACACAUCCAGGAGCUCUGGGAUGGGUGGCGGAAACCGCUUCUUCGGAGGGCUUGGUCGGAAGCACAGUAAGCGAACACAGCCUUCUGCACCCAUUUCGAAUGCCCCUGCACCUUCACACUUCUCUUCAGCCGCGACAGCGGUUAGAGGCUCACGUGCCUAUCUGGCGAACAACCGGAACAAGAGCGCUGCAUCAUCAGCUGACCUCCCGGGUGUUCCGAGUGGUUCCUUGCCUGCUGCCCGACCCAGCAUUGAUACGUUUGAGACGAGCUAUUCCAGCCACAGCCGACCAGAGAGCCCAGCGACAGGGCCUACGCGUAUCACAGGUCUGGGUAUUGGUUCGUCGAGUGGUGAUGCGUCACUGGAUCAGCUAGCAUCUGCCUCAACAGGCAGAUUGAACUCUGUCCAAGAACAUAGGUCAAAAGGUGGCAAGUCCAUGACCUCGCCAGCGGCCAUUACGACUUCCGUCUCCACUGCCAGCACGAGCAGCACAACCGGCCUGCGUGCUCCGCUUGGACCUCGUGCGCCAAACAUGGGCAGCACCAACGCAGGACCCUCGUAUGACAUGAAGCGAACAGACUCCAACCAAACUCAGACUGGCACCAUCACACCUGUCACACCGAUCACGUCCAACACUGGAGGCUUUGGUAGCGGUCCCACCUUUGUCUCACGUCUUGGUGGUGGAAGCUUUAGCAGCUCUGGUGGUGCUCACGCUCCACGUUCACCUGGUCGAGAGGGUUAUUCUUCACCCGAGUUCCUACACACACCACGCCGAACAAGUGAUUUGACAGGCACCUCACCCACAUCUCCGCAGUCAUCAGGCCAGGAUCGCUCUUUUCGGAUCGGCGGCGGUUUGCGCUCGUCAUUGUCAUAUGGUUCGGUGAGGGAAAGGAUGCGUAGCGGUUCAAGCCCAGGUCCGGAUGAUGAGGCUUUCCAACAAGCUCUAACCAAGCUAGGCGAUGUUUUGCCUGAUGCCGAUACUCAAACGCUAAGGUAUUACUUGAAGAAGGCAAAAGGGAAUGAUUUGGCUGCUAUUGGAGAUUAUUUACAGGAUCAGAGUUUGGCAAAGUUGCCAAAGUCUUAG